GCACCGGCACUGCGGCGGGCGGGCGCCGAGUCUGGGCGCGGGGACGCGGGGCGGCGCGAAGCGGGGCCCUCUGCCGCCCCGCGCUCCCAUGUACGCCUUUUACUCGUUGCUCAUCUACAUCUUCUACAGCCUCUUCCGCAGGGAUGGUGGCGCCGCGGCGGCCGCGGAGCCCGGGGACCCCGCCCAGAGAGCCCGCAAGCCCCGGGGUCGCCGGCGCCCAGACCUGCCCGCGCCAGAGCUGUGGACCGAGCUGACCGGCCUGGCCGCCAGCUCCGAGCCUGAGGAUGGGUCGGAAGGCGCAGCCGAGGGCCGCGCGGCCGCGGUGUCCCUGGAAGAGGCCCUACUGCGCCUCGCCGAGUUCCUCUCCGUCCAGCUGGGGGCGGAAGAGAGCUGCGGGAGCCCGGCGGACCUGGGCCAGUCUGGCGAGGUCCCCCCACUGUUGUCAGUGACCAGUCAGCUCUUGGCCCUUCUGGCAUGGCUUCGAAGCCCCAGGGGGAGGCAGGCCCUGCUCCAGGGGACUCAGCCAGCCCCUCGGGUCCGGCCCCCCUCUCCAGAUGGAUCCACAUCCCAAGAAGAAAGCCCUUCCCACUUCACCGCAGUCCCAGGCGAGCCACUGGGGGAUGAGACCCAGGGACAGCAGCCCCUCCAGUUGGAGGAGGAUCAGAGGGCGUGGCAGCGGCUGGAACAGCUCAUCCUGGGACAGCUGGAGGAGCUGAAGCAGCAGCUGGAACAGCAGGAGGAGGAGUUGGGUCGACUGCGCCUGGGCGUGGGGGCGACGGACUCAGAGAAAAGGGUUCAGCAUCUGACUCUGGAGAACGAGGCCCUGAAGCAGAGCCUGAGUCUCAUGCGGGACCUCCUGCUGCACUGGGGCCCCGGGCCCCCCAUCAGGGCUCCGCAGGAGGAGGCGGAGGCAUUGCUAGAGCUCCAGGGCCGGCUUCAGGAGGCCCAGGACACCACAGAAGCCCUCCGAGCCCAGCUGGGGGUGCAGGAGGUGCAGCUGCAGGGCCUUCAAGGGGCCCUCCAGCAGCUCCAGCAGGAGACGGAGCAGAACUGCAGGCGUGAGCUACAGCAGAUGCAUGGGCAGCUGGCAGGACUUCGGGCACGGAUGGCCAGCCUGCGUCAGGGCUGCGGGGACCUCCGAGGUUUGGUCAGCACCUUUACCCAGAGCUGUCAGGGUUCGCUGAGUGAGGCCCGGGGCCAGGUGUCCUGGGCCUUGGGGGCACUGUCAUCUGGAGGGCCUGACACUCAGCUCCCUGAGGGGCAGCAAGGGCCCCCAGCCGGAUGCCCAGGGCGGCUGCCAGAACUCAAGGGAAAUAUCCGUGUGCUGUGUCGGCUGAGGCCAGGGACAUCCUCCAGCCUUGUGAGCGUGGAGCCAGGCCCAGGGGGCACCGUCACCACCUGCUACCGGGGGCGCCAUCGUCGAUUCCGCCUAGACUGGGUCUUCCCUCCAGACGCCAGCCAGGAGGAGCACCUGUCUGUGCCUGGGCUCCAGCAGGCCUGGCUGGCCACCAUCCCCCGUACCUGCAGGCCCUUCCUGGGGUCAUGCCUUGUGAGCCAGGUCUUCAGAGAGCUGGAACCUGCGGUGCUGUCCUGCCUCCGAGGCUACAGCGUCUGCAUCUUCACCUAUGGCCAGACAGGCACCGGGAAGACCUACAGCAUGGAGGGCCCUCCUGAGGACCCCGGCAUAGUUCCUAGGGCGCUGCAGUCGCUGUUCCGGGAGAUGGGGGCCGGCCGGCAGCACCGGGUGACACUCAGCAUGGUGGAGAUCUACAAUGAGGCUGUCAGGGACCUCCUUGCUCCAGGGCCUCCCGAGCGCCUGGCCGUGAGGCAGGGCCCAGAAGGCCAGGGCGGGAUCCAGGUGGCUGGCCUCACCCACUGGGACGUGCCCAACCUGGAGACAUUGCACCAGAUGCUGAAACUGGGGAGGAGCAACCGGGCCACCGCCGCCACCGCCAUGAACCAGCGCAGCUCCCGCUCGCAUGCCCUGGUCACGCUGACGCUGCGCGCGGCGUCUCCACCGCGCGCUCCAGGCACCGCAGGCACGCUGCACCUGGUGGACCUGGCGGGAUCCGAACGCGCACGGAAGGCAGGGGCGGCCGGCCCGCCGCGGGGAGACCCAGACGGCGCCCGGCGCCUGCGGGAGGCCCAGACCAUAAACCGAUCGCUGCUGGCGCUAGGAGGCGUGAUGGCCGCACUGCGGGCCCACCGGCCGCACGUGCCCUUCCGCGACUCGCAGCUCACGCGACUGCUGCAGCCGGCGCUGGGCCCAGGCACCACCGCGGUGCUGCUGCUGCAGAUCUCCACGCGGCCGGAGGAUCUCGGGGAGACAGUCUGCUCACUCAAGUUCGCCGACCGAGUGGGUCAAGUGGAGCUGGGGCCAGCCCGGCGCCGCAGGGUCCCGCGCUCCUCCGGGACGCCCUCUUCCCUCAGUACCGACACUCCGCUCACCGGGACCCCCUGCACCCCUACGCCGUCCCCUGGCAGUCCUCCAUGCCCCAGUCCCGACAACGGCUCGGGCUCGGCCCUCGCGCCCGCAGAGGGCCUGCCCCUGUAGUCCUGGGUCGCGGCCCUGCCCAUGGGGUCUCAGGCCAGGUCUCUGCUGGCAGAGGCGGUAGUAAAGUCCCUGUACCCCGUCUCCCAGGGCACAAGCUCCCUAGCCUCUUUGGAUCCACUGCCCCUGAGCUCCCAGAGUCACCCCUCCACCUCCGCAGCCAGUGAAGUGUGUUGUGCCUGCUGAAGUGAUCACCCCCCGCCCCCAGCCCUGCAUCAGGCCACAGGUCUUGGCUUUCUCCUUAUCACCAUUUGCUGUUAUCACGGCACACAGCAGGGAAUCCCAGGCCCCCCGCCAAGUGGCUACCCAAGUCACCACUCCUGACCCAAAAAUCAGGCAUGGCAUUAAAACGUUGCAAAUUCCUUUACUGUUAUCCCCACCACCGCCAGGACCAUGUAGGGUGCAGUCUUUACUCCCUAACCCGUUUCCCGAAAAAGGUGCUACCUCCUUCCCAGACAGACGAGAGAGGGCAGGACUUCAGGCUGGAUCCACCACUGGGCUCUCCCUCCCCCAGCCUGGAGCACGGGAGGGGAGGUGACGGCUGGUGACUGAUGGAUGGGUAGUGGGCUGAGAAGAGGGGACUAGGAAGGGCUAUUCCAGGCUCAGCCCUGCUCCUGCAGCUUUGCCGCUGAGUGUAGGAAAAACAGAGGCAUGACAGACCAGGGUGAGGGUUGUGCCCAGCUGGGCCACGGCCAUGCGUGGGGUGGUCCAAUAAACACCGUGGACUCCCA